AUGCCCGACCCCAUAGACUCGCACACCCCGCAAUCCGCACGCACCCGCACAGGUUUCGACGGACACGACUACGAGCUCGUCUUCUCCGACGAAUUCGAGACGGACGGCCGGACGUUCUACCCGGGGGACGACCCGUUUUGGGAGGCGGUGGAUUUGUGGUAUGGUGCGACGCAGGAUUUGGAGUGGUAUGACCCCGCGCAGGUUACGACGAGGGGAGGGGCGUUGGUUAUUACGAUGGAUUCGGUGAAUACGACGGAGAAGGGUGUUACGCCGGGUUCAACAGCCCCAUUCACUCUCGCGGAUAACCAUAACAUGCCAUACCGCUCUGGCAUGGUGCAGACGUGGAACAAGUUUUGUUUUACGACGGGGUAUAUCGAGGUUAGCGUGUCGUUCCCGGGGCCGGAUCAGCAGACGCAGGGAUAUUGGCCUGGUGCGUGGACGAUGGGGAAUCUUGCGCGUCCUGGGUAUCCAGCUACGACGGAUGGGCUGUGGCCUUAUACAUACGACUCGUGCGAUGUGGGCACGUUCCCGAAUCAGACGAACCCGGAUGGCCAGACGCCGAUUGCUGCUGUACAUUCGGAUGCUUCGCGCCCGAAUUAUAAUUAUGAUUUGAGUUGGCUGCCUGGUCAACGUCUCAGCGCAUGCUCGUGCCCAGGCUCAGACCACCCCGGCCCAACCGUCUCGCGCGGGCGCGGCUCACCCGAAAUCGACAUCUUCGAAGCAGAGCGCGACAAAAACUUCGACGUCGGCCACGUCGUAUCCCAAUCCGCGCAAUUCGCACCAUUCAACGCCGACUACAAGUACUCCAACGAUUCAGGCGGAUGGACAAACUUCGAUCCUACCCGUACGCGCGCGAACACUUAUCGGGGGAGUGCGAUCCAGCAGAGCGUUUCGGGGCUGACGAGGACGCCGACGGAUAUGUUUCAGGGCUCAGGAGCGAAUUUUAAGACGUUUGGGUUUGAGUAUUGGAGUGAUAUGAAUGAUAGGAGUGCGGGGAGUAUUACGUGGCAGGUGGAUGGGCAGAGGAGUCAUAGGGUGUUGGCGAGUGCUGUUGGACCGGAUCCGGAGGAGAAUGGGGGGAGUGGUGUUGGGCAGAGGAUUAUUCCGGAGGAACCGAUGAGUAUUGUGUUGAAUUUGGGUAUUUCUAAUAAUUGGCAGAAGAUUGAUACGAACUCGAUGCUUUUCCCUGGAGAGAUGAAGAUUGACUAUGUGCGUGUGUAUCAGCGCAAGGGACAGACGAAUACGGGGUGCGAUCCCAAGGAUUAUCCAACGGCGGAUUAUAUUAAUAGGCAUUUGGAGGCGUAUACUGAUGUGAAUAUGACGACGUGGAAAUGGGAGAAACCACGGAAUUCAAAGAGCGAAGUCAAUGCUACUGCAGCCACGUCCGCGCCGUUCGUGGUGGGCGUUAAGCUAGAAAUUAAUGCAACGCAUCGUGAAUGUGGGAACCCUUACCAACUUGAAAGUGGUAUCAUUCAGAAGUCGACGAACUUGUGGAAAGGUUAA